AUGGUUUUGGCCCAUUAUACGAAGAGGUUGAUUCUUUGGAUCCGCCCAUAUGCAAAGAAAAUUGUCGGCUUGAUUGCCCUUCCUCCACAAAAGUCCGAAGAUGGCCGUGACCAGUGGCCCUCCCGGGCAGCAUUCCUUCUUGCUGCGAUGGGAGGUUGUGCAGGCCAGGGCAACUUACUAAGAUACCCUUCGGUCGUUUACAACAAUUAUGGCCUGCAGUGGUUUAUCCCGUAUCUACUCGCGGUGUUUGUUGUCGCCAUUCCUGCUCUAAUCCUCGAAAUUUCAAUUGGGCAGGCAUAUCGUGGGGGCACGGUAAUCGCAUUUAACAAUAUAAACCACCGGCUGAAGGGUGUCGGCCUUGGUCCGAUUUUGGUCAGUUUCAUCGUCGUACAGUACUUCACGGUGAAUCUUGCCUGGAUCAUGAAUUAUUUCCGCAACUCAUUUCGCAGUCCUCUUCCAUGGGAAGGCAGAAUUGAAGAAUUCUACAUGGGUGAUGUGGUUUCAAAUGUUGACCCCGUUCUGGGAAGCUUAACGGCAGGGAAUAGGGCAGUUUCAAACUAUACUGUCUAUCCAGGUGUGUCGCUCAUCGGGGAGACUGUCGGCUGGAGCGCCUUCAUAUGGUUUUUGAUCUGGGUUUCCAUUUUUCGCGGAGUUGGCCUAACGGGCCGAGUUGUCUACUGGACGAUGGGCCUGCCAAUCGUCACAACUAUCAUCAUUGUCGCUCGCUCCUGCUCACUAGAUAAUGCGCGCGAAGGAAUUCGGCUUCUCUGGGCAACAUGGAGAAGCGACCAAUUGGCGUCGGGGACUGUCUGGCAAACUGCUGUUGGGCAGGUGUUUUUUUCCACGGGCAUCGGUUUUGGUUAUUUCACGUCCUAUGCUUCGUACAACUCUAAGCACUCUAACGCUGUCAUGGAUGCCAUCUUGAUCUGUGGAAGCAAUGUUCUCUUCGAAAAUUUCGCUGCUUUUGCAGUGUUUGGGGUCGUGGGCUAUCUUCAGCGGUGGCCUGAGGAUGGGGAAAGACUCGGCGCGUUUGUCGUGGGUUUUUUGACGCUACCAGAGGCUGUUCUCCACAUGCCUGGCUCUAACUGGUGGGCUAUUCUUCUAUUUUUCACUCUGGUGGUACUUGGUUUUAGCUCGGCAUUCGUGAUGCUAGAUGCUGCAGCUACACUGGCCGUCGACGCGGGAAUGAAACAUUCGCGACCGACGAUUGUGACUGUACUCACUGUGGUUUCAUUUCUUAUGUGCUUACCGUAUUGUACCGAAUUUGGAUUCUAUCUACUAGAUGGGAUUGAUCGAUGGAUCAACAAUGUUGCUUUGAUAUUUGUUGUCUGGUCAGAGCUUGUCGGUGCAACUACAGCUUACCGCUGGCGCGAUGUUGUUGAUCAAACAGGGCUCAUAGCCUUUGUUACCUACAACACUGGAUAUUUUGGUGCCCAGAUCAUCGGUGUCGCUGUUGCACACGGCAUCUCAAAUCCAUCAGCUGGAGCUGGUGCGGGAUUUGGAUUCUAUAUUGUUUGUUCUAUUCUUUCGGUUCUCGUAUCCACGACGCCGAGCAUCAAAGCUCCCGGUUUCUGGGGUCGAAACUCUAUAAUCAGUCGACUCUGGUAUUUGGCCUUAUAUUCGGGAAAUCAAUUGAGGCGUGAUCUAAAUGACGUGGUUGGCGGAAAUGGCAACUGGAAUAUCCCUCGUUUCUGGCCCCCUCUACUGCGAUAUGCCAGUGCGCCUAUUUUGGCCAUUGUCUUCAGCUUCGCAUAUCCAGAAUUCUACACUCUUCGAUAUGAUCCGAUGAUGAUUGCUGGGUUUAUUUUAGCACACCUGUGUCUACUUUUAAUUCUGCUCGGUGUUAUUUUACCCCGGUAUUACAACAUCUUUGUUCCCCGUCACCGAAGAGCCGAGGGCACCGAAGAAACCAUCCCGCAGCAGGCCAAACAAUUAGGCGAUCCGCUCGAUCUCGAUACGCUUGGAUUGGACAACGCAAUAUCAGCAAACCAUACACUGAUCCAAAGCCCCGAUAUGUUUAAGAGUUAG